CGUCCACGAACUCUUCAGUAUGCGGCGGCAGCUUUGCGGAGAAACAGCACAAAAAAAAUCAAGAACUUGUACUGCGACGGUUCAGUUUCAGUGCCACCAGCCAAAAGCCAUUCAGUGAAAGUGUUCCAUUCGAUUUGACUGUUUUUCGCUGUGAAGCAGAUGAUUUGCUCCAUGGAGGACUCGAAAAUCGACAUAAAGUCAAAAAUUUCGUUCAGUGUUGAGUCGUUGCUGAGUAAACCAGUGGCGGUGGUCAAUGAGCGGCUGCGGGACGAUUCGUCCAAUUACUCGGAGAAUGAGGAGAAUCGACUGGACACGUCCAGUGAGAAACUGGACGAGGACGACGAUGACGAAAACAUUACGGUUGAUGAUGAAGACAUGGAUGGGGACGGCAGAGAGAGCUUGAGUCCCAACUCACAACACACGGUGAUCAUUCCACAGCCUUUGCAUCCUUCCAUGGCGCGGAUAAUGCCCGCGGGUCACACACAGUGGCCUUUUUCUUGGGUUGGACCCAACGGACCUUUCAGAUCGAACUCACCACAAGCUAAUAUUCCCACUUUGGGAAGCGGAGGGCCUCCAAUCGUCCGAUGCGCCCUAAGGAAACACAAACCCAACAGGAAACCGCGCACACCAUUCACCACUCAACAACUUCUGGCGCUGGAGAAGAAAUUUCGGGACAAGCAAUACUUGAGUAUUGCUGAAAGAGCCGAGUUCUCCAGCUCGUUGCGAUUGACGGAAACACAAGUUAAAAUCUGGUUCCAAAAUCGCAGAGCGAAAGCCAAGCGACUUCAAGAAGCCGAAAUGGAAAAGUUGCGACUAUCAGCACGACCGCUCCUGCCAUCUACUUUUGGGAUUUUCAAUGGGGGCGCCACUCUGAUCUCCCCAUUUUUGACUGCGAUGGCCCAUCGACCGCCCCAUUUCGCCUUCGGGCCGCCCCCUCACAUGCUCAAUAUGCCUCAAUGAGAACCUCAAAUGUGAUUUUUUCCUGUGCCCGCUGAUAACCGUCAGUGGACAUGCCCUGUACAUUAGUGUAGAAAUGUAUAUUUUGUAAAUAGACGCGCUGUUCUGAACCCUCAAUUGACCAACUGUAUAAACUGUUUAUGUUAGGAGCUUGUUAAGUUCAGAAGUUCACAAAGUGAUUAUCUAUUAUUCGCAAUCUACUGUAAAAUAGCCUACUAAUCUAUAGAGAAUGUAAUUGUUCGUACUGAGUGCAAUACAUCUAAGCAAUCGAUGGGUUGAGUUGAAGUUUCUUGAUAAUUUUUUAAAAGACUGAUUAGCACUUGAUUUUAUUUAUUUUGUAUAUAUUCGGUUUAAGUUGUUUUCCCCUUGUACAAAAGUUGUUGUACAGCUCUGUAUAUUGCUAGAGAUAAUAAAUAAUAGUUGUUUUCAUUAGA